AUGUCUGUUGAUGUUUGUGACGAUGGGCCACGUCUUCGAAAGCUUAACUUCCUUGAGUGCGAGGAAAAAUCUAAGAAAACCUCAGAGUUCACAUUAGGUAAUGAGUUGGAUGAUGAUAUAAGGCAAAAAUUCUCAGAAAGAAAACCAUCACAUGUCUCAAUAUCAGAAAAAUGUACUGUGUUCUGCGAUGAAACUGCGCAGACUACUCCCGGUCCUGCAACACCUACUCUCGCUGAUCCUCCCAGCAUUCAAGUGACAGAAUACGAAAGCUUCACUUCUUACUGUUGGGCAGAAUUGACAAGAGGCUAUUCCCUCCAUAAUGAUCAGAGCCGUUACACAGAGAAAAGAAGAAAAGUUUACAAAUUCCUCAAGAUACCAAUAGAAGCCGAACGUUUCCUUUUCUAUGGGCAGCUACAGUGUAUUGAUGCAUUCUGUUAUCUUUUUACUUUUUUACCAAUACGCUUCUUCAUGUCCGUAACGGGGUUCUUUCUCCAACUCAAACAAUGGACCUGUGCUGAAACAUGCGAAGUUAUCAAAGUUGGAAUAAUGGUGUUUGCUUCGCUUUUAAUGCAACAUAUCGAUACUUCGGUGGUUUACCAUGAAGUAAGGAGCCAAGGAGUCAUAAAGCUGUAUAUCUUCUAUAAUAUGCUUGAAGUAGCAGAUAAACUGUUCAGUAGUUUAGGACAGGACAUCCUAGAUGCUUUGUUUUGGACCGCAAAUGAACCUUUCACUUUCCGCAACAGUAUUCGUUUGCUAUUUCAUUUCAUGUUUGCCGUGGCUUAUGCUACAGCUCAUACUUUCUUGGUUUUACUUCAAGCAACGACUCUUAAUGUAGCAUUCAACUCACAUAAUCAAGCUUUGCUGGCCAUUAUGAUGUCGAAUAAUUUUGUUGAACUGAAAGGCUCUGUUUUCAAGAAGUUUGCCAAAGCAAAUCUGUUUCAAAUAGCUUGCAGUGAUGUACGGGAAAGAUUUCAUAUAAUGGCUCUCUUAUUCGUAGUUGUCAUAAGGAAUAUGGUUGCUGUUAACUGGAGUAGUGAACACUUAUGGGAAAUGCUACCUGACAUGUUCAUGGUGAUUGGAGCUGAGUUGAUUGUAGACUGGCUGAAACAUGCCUUCAUAACUAAAUUCAAUGAGAUUAAUGCCGAAGUUUAUCGAGACUUCACGAUAACUAUUGCUUAUGAUGUGGUUCGAAGUAAGGAUCCCACUGCGUUCAGUGAUUACUCUGACCAGGUGUCAAGACGUAUGGGUUUUAUUCCUAUCCCUCUAUCUGUGAUGCUUAUAAGGGUUUUCGGGCAAACCUUCUCUUUCAAUAGUAUUUCUAGCAUUGUUAUCUGCGUUAUUGCCUGGUUGUUACUUUUAUCAAUCAAAAUCUGCAGUGGAAUUGUUCUGCUUGGGCAAGCUUGCCAGCAUGUUACAACGUAUAAGGAACUUCAAAAACGGUCAGAAUUUGAACUAUACCGGAAGCGGAUUAUCGAUAAGAAGAGUAAGAGUGCUCCUAGUUCUCCAAGAAUGAGUCUGAUUGAUUUCACUGAUGUUCUUCACCAACCAUCGGGAGUGAAAGGAUUUACAGUAUCUGAUUUGAUGAAUCAAUUAGAAGACCUCCAACUGAUUCAGAAUUCGGAGAGAAGAAGUAGCGAACGCGAGAGGGAUGAAAGAACACCUCGUCGUACUCAUAGUAUGGCCAAUCUUACUAGAGCACGAAGAGAUAAGAGUGAGCCGCCAGCUACUAUUCCAGAAAACGACGAAAGACUCAAAGAAGAAGAGACGACUUCAGAGAAGAGCAGAGUCGAUAAAGAUGAAACAAUAACUCAAGGAAGUCCGAAGAAAAAAGUCGUUCCCAUCGUUCAGACCGACUGUGUUGAUCUGGCAGAUAUCACCGCUUACACCAUGUUGUCUCCAGAACAAGGUGUAGAGAGAAUCGAAUAG